AUGAUCCGAUUGUAUCCGUCGUCGCUACCUCCUUUCCCGCUUUGGGGUAACUCUAUGUUGAACCCCAUUCGUGAGUUUGCGCGGCCGAUGAUGAUCAAUGCGGAGGAGGCCGUCACUGGUGUAGCCAAGAAGACUACCCCAUUCGGAGAGGAGAUCCUGGUUGAACUCUUCGACUCUCAAGCAUGCGAUAUUGCUAUCAGUCCAACAAACAUUCCCCUCGAUCCCACGAAGGCAUUGGACAAGAAGGCAGCCGAGAGUUCCAACGAUAAUAAAGUCCGCGACAGCAUGCUAGCUAUUACUAAAUAUGGCUCUAACACGGCCGAACCCAUGGGGCAAGAGUCCACCAGCCAAACAUCAUUCGGAUACAAGGCCACCCAUGGUAUCGCGGUUAGCCCACUUGUAUCUCCAGCCGUUGGCCCAGCCGUCCCAGUUGCUCCCCUUCCCCCUCGCCGCCCAAGAUACUUGCUCCAACCGAUACCGCAUUAUUCACACAAACUAAAGGUUAUCGCCAAGGGAGAAACCACGACCGGAAACGUCAUCAAGGAGAUCGUCAGCUGCAAAGAUCCAGGUGAAGAGGUUGAGUAG